AAAAAAGGUGGAAAUUCAAAUACCGUUGCCGUUAUCGCUAACAAGCAAAACCCACGAUUAUCUUAAAACCUUCACCCCCAACACAAUCGAAGCUAAACCCAUGGCUACUGCGGUUACUGCUCUCCAUGCAAUUUCAGUGAAGGUCAGAGCUUCAUGGGACACACAGCAGAGACUCCCCUACAGCCCCCACCGUACUUACCCCAAAAACCCUAUCACUGUUGCUCCCACCAGUUCAAACACCGGACAAACCCUUAAAUCUAACUCAACAGAUCGCAAUUUGUUAUCCGUAUCUGCCCUUCUCAGUCGCAGAUCUCCAAGCCCAAAUGAAGCUUGUUUGGAAGAGACGUAUUUGGGCUAUGAGACAUGGAUGCCAAGCGCACCAAAAGUAGAAAAACCUCGCUCAACAUACAAUGCUGCCGCACUAGCAUACCUUGGAGAUUGCAUAUACGAGCUAUACGCGCGCAGGCAUUUUCUGUUUCCACCACUAAAUAUUGAAGAAUAUAACGACCGUGUGAUGGCUGUCGUAAGAUGUGAAGCCCAAGAUGCAAUGCUCCAAAAACUAAUGAAUGAUAAAGUUUUAUCAGAUGAAGAAAGGGACGUUCUUCGGUGGGGAAAGAAUCUUUCUUCUUCUAAAACGCGAACCAAAAAACGUGCUGGUGUAGCCGUUUACAACAGAGCAUCAUCUUUGGAAACACUGGUUGGUUAUCUAUACCUUACAAACGUGAAACGUCUAGAUGAAAUCAUGCUAAAGCUAGGUUUCUCAUCGGGUGUCUCGAAUCAAAUGAUCCUGGAAGAAGCAAAGAGUGAGUUAAAUUAAAUGUAACAUAGCAUACUCACUUUUUAAUGUAUGUUUUUACUCUUUUAAUAUCAAUCCAUAUUUUACUAGUCUAUUUA